AUGUCGUCACCAGCAGUGCAGCUUUCAUUCACCCUUCGCACUUCUCCUAAUGUCCGCACUGUCCAUCUCCUGGGUUCAUGGGACAACUACAAAUCCCAACUUCCCCUAUCAGUGGUCAAAGAUCCUGGUGCAAAGCCUGGUUCCUGGAAAGGUACCUUCCGCUUCCAAGGGGCAAACACGCUCAAACUCGGCUCACGUUACUGGUACUACUACAUCGUGGACGGCUACCAUGUCUCUCACGAUCCAGCCAAGGAGUUCGUCACCGAGAAGACAACUGGUCGGAAACUUAACGUCAUUGACGUGCCAUCCGGCGGCAAGGACAGGGACCAUGGUAAAGCGGAACGUCCCUCUGUCAACACCAACGUCUCAUCCAAUCGCUACAGUCGGGAAGUUCCAAAAGGCCGUGCUCUAAGCCCAGGCAAGAUUCAGCAUCCCAAGCCAAGCAAGCCGUACGCUUCACGUGGAGUACGUGAAGCCGACUACGACGAUUCGCCGAUCGACGACCUUGACGAGCGUUUCGCAGGAUACCAUAUCCACGACCCUGCCUCGGCAUCGCCGUCUGAGAUUUCGGACGACGGGUCUUCCAGUGGUACGGCGUUCUCACGUUCGUCUCCGUCAACCUUGUCGAGCGUGAGCGACCGCAGCUGUCGAUGCGAGCGGUACGGCGUGACUCGGUCAGGUCAACGCGUCAAACUUGACUGCGGAGGCAAGCGAUGUGGAGGAUGGAGUUCAUCGGAGUGCGACUCUACAGGUAGCGAGGAAGACUCGAGCGAAGACGAGCGCUACCAGAAAGCUCGAGCACGUGCAGACGCGGAGAAGAGAGCAGCAGCGGCACACGCCAGCAAGGGGCGUAGCCACCCAGAGGAGAAGAGGAGGACAGUCGUGGUGGAGAAGAGGCGGAGAUGA